CGCUUCCCCCUUCCCCUAGGCGGGGGACAGAGAGGCACAGGCCCAGGGAGCAGGGACUGACUUCCUCUUGUCCCAGAAUGAGCAUGCCUGCCCUUUGCGAGCAGGUUUGGGGCUCUCACGAAGAGGAAACCAAAACCAGUGAGAGAGCGAGAAGGCGGAGCGACCGAUCAAGGGCAGGGUGAGGUGCAAAACCGGCCGGCUCCCCGGGGAGCCCGGCAGAGGCGGGGGCCAUGGCGGAGCUGCAGCAGCUGCAGGAGUUUGAGAUCCCCACGGCCCGGGAGGCUCUGCGGGGCAACCACAGCGCCCUGCUGCGGGUCGCGGACUACUGCGAGGACAACUACGUGCAGGCCACAGACAAGCGGAAGGCGCUGGAGGAGACCAUGGCCUUCGCCACCCAGGCCCUGGCCAGUGUGGCCUACCAGGUGGGCAACCUGGCUGGAAACACUCUGCGUAUGUUGGACCUUCAGGCGGCUGCCCUGCGGCAAGUGGAAGCCCGAGUGAGCACACUGGGCCUGAUGGUGAACAUGCAUAUGGAGAAGGUGGCCCGAAGGGAGAUCGGUACUUUAGCCACCGUCCAGCGGCUGCCCCCCAGCCAGAAAAUCAUCGCCCCCGAGAGCCUACCUCCCCUGACGCCCUACUACAGGAAACCCCUCAACUUUGGUUGCCUCGAUGACAUUGGCCAUGGGAUCAAGGAUUCGAGCACGCAGCUGUCUCGGACCGGGACCCUGUCUCGAAAGAGCAUCAAGGCGCCUGCCGCACCCGCCUCCGCCACCCUCGGGAGAGCGCCCCGGAUCCCCGAGCCGGUGCAGCCCCCCGUGGUGCCCAACGGCAAGCUCUCCGCCGCCUCCUCUGCUUCCUCCCUGGUCUCGGCCGGCAGCGCUGAAGGGGUCGGUGGUGUCUCCGCGAUGAAGGGGCAAGCAGCACCCCCGCCCCCUCCACCUGCUGCCUCCGACGUCUUCCUGCUGCCCCCUCCACUGGAGGAACUGUCCCUGCCCCCGCCAGCCCCAGAGCUGCCCCUACCCCUGGACCUGCCCCCUCCUCCACCCCUGGAUGUAGACGACUUGGGGCUUCCACCUCCACCCCCACCAGGCUUUGGGCCAGAAGAGCCUAGCUGGAUCCCUGAUGCAUACUUGGAGAAAGUGGUAACGCUGUACCCAUACACCGGCCAGAAGGACAACGAACUCUCCUUCUCUGAGGGCACCGUUAUCUGCAUCACCCGCCGCUACUCUGAUGGCUGGUGUGAGGGCAUCAGCUCCGAGGGUUCUGGAUUCUUCCCUGGGAACUAUGUGGAGCCCAGCUGCUGACAGCCAGGGAUCUCUGGGAUGCUGACCCAGGCACUGCCAGGAGCCCCAUGCCAGAGCCAGCUCUCGUGAAGCCUGGACUAGACCUGCACACCUCCUGGGGCCGUGAGCUGUGACUGCCCCUUCCCCACCACCCCGCUGCAGUGGGAAGGAUCUGGGGAGAGGAAGUACACAGAGCUCUACUGCAGGCAGGAAAAGAACUGGAAGCCAAGGAGCUUGGUGAUCUUAUCCACGGAGGAUGCUUAAUGCCGGGCAGGACAGGGUCUCCAGUUGCAAGUGCCACCUUUGAAUAAAACGCGUGAUGAUC